CCAAGAGCUAAACAAAAACAACAUAAAUAACAACAAAGUGAACUGGUACAAAGUGAACAGCGGUGUCAGAAAUGAUGAAAGCCAAUUAACCAAAUCGAUUUCCAAUCGAAACCGCCGCCGCCGCCGCCGCCGCCGCGACGACGACGACGCUGUACGGUAGUCUGAAGGACGUUAUUGUAUCAACGAGACUGAGAUGUCACAAACAAUGAACAAGGCGAAGAAGUAGAACCCUCCGGAUGUUUUAGCACCCGUAACAACAACAACAAGCGGAAUAACAGCAACAACAACUUCAACAACAAUAACCCACAGCAAUGCAUCAAUUGACUUAUAUACCGUUGUUUUUGCUAUUGGCUACGGCAGCAUUUGCAAGCUGGACGCCGCAAAAUUGCACUAUGUACAAAGGGAGAUGUUACACAGUUUUUCCUGUGGGGAAAGUGAAAUUCAGCAAAGCCGCCAGUCUCUGUUCGCAGCUACCUAACGGCGUUCCGGUGAUACUUCGAUCCAAAGCCGAAGAGAAAUUCGUCCAUUCACUCUUUGCUCCAAGGUUUACUGAAUUCUGGAUGGGUAUGCUGACAACGCAAGAUGUCGGUGGUUGGACUUGGAUAACAAAAGACGUCACAAAUUGGACAAACUGGAUUUCUGGCCAGAUUACAAGUUCUAAAAACGAAAAAUGUGCCACAUCUAAAGUCGUUUCUGGUCUGUCAUGGAGUGAUCAAAGUUGUUCGAGAACCUAUGAAGUUGCAUGCGAAUCAAGAUCUGAUGUAUGUGACUGUGAAACAAAAACUGCACAAGCCACAAUUUACAAUGCAAAUAAACAUGGUAUUGUGGUAGGGAAACGCCGGUGUUGUUGUCAAAAGUCAGAAGAAAGCAGUUACUUCGAGAAAACUCCAGUAAACGACAAUACCCAAUAUACGAUAAAAGCGAAUUUGAUAAAAGAUUCCCUUUUAGAGUGCUCUCUUAAAUGUGUCCGAGAGUUUUACUGCGUUGCCUUCUCAUAUGACAAAGCCACGAAGGAAUGUACUGUGUUGGUUUCACAUUUUAAACCUGAAAACCAAACGCUAGUCUCACCGACGGCACGAGGUGACUACACAUGUCUUUGAUUCCAAAAUACGAUCAAAGCUUCUUUCUUGUGUUAACAUGUUUGUAUGUAUAUGAAUUCAUAUACACAUACAUAUACAUACAUCGGUAUGCAUAUAUAACCGUAUAUAUACAUAUACAUUUGUCUCUUUCUCUCUCUCUUUCUCUCUCCCAAAACUUGACAGCAGUAUCUAAGCAUUACCCAAGCUUAAUGAAAUUAUUUAAGAAAAAUAACCAAAUCAAUGUUAGUAAUCUCCACAAACCAUGAAUCUACAAACAUUUUCUGCUUUACUAGAUUGAACAACUCAGAAUAACGAGACUAAGAAAUUAAGAAUUCACAAAGAAGCAUAACAAAUAUGUGUUACUUUCAUCAGAUGCCAAACGGAUAUCAUUAUAGUUUCGACACCUGGGUAAUACUAUUCAAUUCAGGGAUGUCAGCAGCGUUAAAUAUAUAAAUUCUGUCCGGGAAUCAGUAAUCGGCAGGAGCGAAUCAUUAGCGAGUAUUUCAGUUAUGCCAACACUGUAUUAUUACUGGUAGCUAAGAAUUAAACAAUUAAUAUUAACUUAUACUUACAAAACAGUAACUAUAAAACAAAGAAUUUGCUCCCAAAAAGAACAUUGUGAUGCUAAAAUUAUAACACAAAAGAACAAGUUAACUAAACA